CCCUGACAAAGGAGCACAGGGCAGGGUGUGGGCUUUCCUCUGGCGGGGACAGGUGAGCUAUGUUGCCCCAGCUGCCACUGCUGCUCCUCGUGCUGGUGGCCGCACAAGGGGGCCAUGGCUGCCAUGGGCCGGAGCUGGACAGGGAACUUGUCCUGGCCAAGGUGAGGGCCCUGUUCCUGGAUACCUUGGGGUCCCCGGCAGUGACCGGUGAAGGCGGGGACCCUGGAGUCAGGCGCCUGCCCCGAAGACAUGCUGCGGGGGGCAUCAUGCAGAGGGGCUCUGAGGCUGAGGAGGAGGAUGUCUCGCAGGCCAUCCUUUUCCCAGCUCCAGGUUCCAGCUGUGAGAGCCAGCCGGCUGCCAGAGCACGUCCGGUGGCCGAGGAGGGUCUCUUCACGUAUCUGUUCCGGCCGUCCCAGCACACACGCAGCCGCCAGGUGACUUCGGCCCAGUUGUGGUUCCACACAGGCCUGGAUAGGCAGGGCGCAGCAGCCUCCAAUAGUUCUGGGCCCCUGCUAAGCCUGCUGGCCCUGUCGUCUGGAGGUCCCAUGACUGUGCCCGUGUCCUUGGGCGAGGCACCCCCUCGCUGGGCUGUGCUGCGCCUGGCCGCCUCCGCACUCCCCCUGCUGACCCACCCCAUCCUCGGGCUCCUGCUGCGCUGUCCUCUCUGUUCCUUCUCAGCACGGCCUGAGACCACGCCCUUCUUGGUGGUUCACACGCGGGCCAAGCCACCAAGUGGAGGGGAAAGAGCCCGACGUUCGACUCCCCCGCUGCCUUGGCCUUGGUCUCCCGCUGCCCUGCGCCUGCUGCAGAGGCAGCCGGAGGAACCCACUGCGCAUGCGCACUGCCACAGAGCGGCCCUCAACAUCUCCUUCCAGGAGCUGGGCUGGGAUCGGUGGAUCGUACACCCUCCCAGUUUCAUCUUCUACUAUUGCCACGGUGGCUGCGGGCUGCCCACCCAGCCAGACCUGUCUCUGCCGGUCCCUGGACCUCCCCCGACCCCUGUUCAGCCUCCUUCUCUGGUGCCAGGGGCCCAGCCCUGCUGUGCCGCUCUCCCUGGGACCAUGAGGUCCCUGCAUGUCCGCACCACCUCUGAUGGGGGCUACUCGUUCAAGUAUGAAACAGUGCCCAACCUGCUCACGCAGCACUGCGUCUGUGUCUGAGGGUGUCCUGCUGGCGGCGGAGCCCCCGCCGUCACCUGGUGGGGGGAAUGGCAGAAUUUGGGAAAAUAGGUGUUUUCCAUUUCCCUCCUCCCUCCACUUCUCUGCCUGAGGGCUCCCCUCCCCCUCCUCCCCUGCCCCGUGGUAACGUGGCAAUAAAC